AUGUCGGCACCGCCUGGUACACAGGUGCCGAUUGACCCGGCACUCCUCCGCGAGCAGCACCUGCACGGUUGGCAGUCGGCAUCAUCGUCGGCGCCGCCACCGACUAAGCGGUGCCGCAGGAGGCGGCCCCCCCGCCGCCCGGCACGGAACUCUCUCUACGACCUGAUGCACGAGCAUGCGGGAACCUCACUCUUUGUGCGCCCGCUCUUCUGGACAGACGUGCACUCGAGACUGCUGGACGUGCGCUUCCGUGAGCUGGAGCCGUGCGACACGCCGACACCGCACCACGAUAGCAGCACAGACACCGCGCCGUCCAAGAACCACAUGCGCCCGUCGCCGUCGGUCGUCACGCUCAGCGAUGCCCUCACCGAGCUCCUCCUCCCAUCUUCCCCCCAUCACGGGCCGACUACCAACGCCGUCAAGAAGGUUCUCGAGACCUUGUGGCCCAAUGCAUUCCGCACACCCCGCCACCUGCCUACCUUUCACCUCCACUUUGGCGACCACGUCUACUACGAGGCCGUCCGGGCGCAGGUCAUGUGGGAAUACGCGCCUGUCGCCGCCACCGGCCCCGGUCCCACGCCGUCCGAGUCAUUGGACUCGUCCGAUCGCGCCGACUCGUGCACUCCAAGCUCGACCCCGGUGCCCGGGCCCGAGAGCAUAUCCGUACCGCAGCGCCGCAUACCCAUGAUGUGCUACCUAGGCAAGUCGCAGCUCGCAUCCAUGCGCAGAAACAUAUUUCGAAUAUCCCCCGGCCCUUAUAGCAGCGGGAACGAGCCCGUCUUGCGCCUCCAGAAGCUGCGGUCCAAGAUGCUCGUCCCCGCCGACGACGACCAGGACCCUCACAUGAUUGGCAUCUUCCUCGCCAUGGCCCAAAAGUACUUUUACGACACGCCCAGUCUCCCAAGCCACCCCUACCGCCUACGGCAGGCCAGGCCGACGUCUCAGCAACGACGCCUGUCGCCACGACCAGAGUUCCACGACAUCAAGCUGCGCGUCCUCACGCAGGACAGCGAGACCUGCGAGUUCAUCGUCUACACGGCCAUCGUGACGGCAGCCUUCCUGCAGCGCUUCCACGACCCCUUCAGCCACCCUGCCGACGGCGGCUCGAGCGCAGGCAUGGAUAUCCAGUACACCAGAGUCCCCGCCUGGCCCAUCGUCGGCCUGCGCGAGAGGAUGGGCAGAGCUCUGGGCGAGGAGGUCGUCGGCCCCUUUGACCCGAACGACAUGGAGAUGUGGGGUGACGAGACGGAGAUGGAGACGGAGACGGACGCCGAGACGGUCGAGUCAUCCUCCAGAAUUGUCACCUCGACGAAGCGCAAGCGCGAAGCUCUGAGCGAGGUCGUUCACAACGGCACCUUUGACGGCGAUUCGAGCGACGACUCGGAUGGUGGUGACGGUGCCGACGAGCCCACCUUUUCCUCGAAGAAGCGUUGUCUAAGCGAAGGCAGCAUAGUAGGCGUUGUCAUCUGA